AUGUUCGCAAACGUGGCCGGCUAUGAAGAGGAUUUGGACUGGGGAGAAAAGAAGUAUAUUGAUUUUCUGUUGCUCAGACUUCAGAUGAUGAAAGCCCUAACAGAAAGUUCGGUACGUUUCGUGUUGAUUGAGACUGACUCGACAUGGUUUCGAGAUCCGAUAGGACUGUUCCUCAAUGCGACUCUCAUUGAUGACGCCGACAUUGUGACUUCAAUCAAAGGAGUUACUCAUGCUGGUGAUUCUCUGGCAUUCAGUCCAAUGCUGGUGGAACCGACGAAGACUUCAGUUGUUUUAUUCAACGAAAUCAAUAAGCGACUGUCGGACAACACUUCAUCUUAUGACCAGGAUGUACUGAACGAGUUAUGCUCCAUACAGUAUCACGGCGUAGUGUGCCGAAAUUUCGAGUACACCGAGAUUGCCGAUGGAAAAUGGUUCUACCUCAAAGACGAAGACAAAAGCCUCAUGCAGCCGUACAUAGUUAACAACAAUUUCUAUGUGGGUCUGAAGAACAAAGAGGCUCGCCAGGCAAUAAAUGGUCUAUGGUUUCUCACGAGAAGCGGACACUGCUCAAUCGAGAAAGUUGAGCGAGCUCGCAAGCGACUUCUAGGGUAA